CACCAGGUCGGCGGGCUCAUUUGGAUGCGGAGGAGUGGGCGGAUUUGCGCUGACGUUGGCCCUGCUCGGGAUUAACUUGUUUUCAUGUCGCCACAUCUGACACCUAUUCCUCCGGACAGUCUGCGCAACCCGCAGAUUGUGCACAAAUCGCGUGAUUCGGCGUCGUCUACCCUCCAGUUGGUCCGCGUCGCGCGCACACCGCUGUAGCCGGGAAGGCUCGGUGCGAGGUGCCUGGAUGAGGUGCAGACGUCGCUCGGGGCCCACGGUGCUGAUGUCCUGUCACGGCGAUGGGGGCCGACGGUAGUAAGAACCAGAAGAGGUCCGCUGAGGUGCAGGAGGAUGAGGACCUCUCAUCCGGGUGGCGGGGCUUCCUCUCCAGCGUGGGCCUGUCCAUCCCAGCGGGGCUAUGUCGCCUGGCCCCACCCGCCCUCCGUCUGGGCCGGCAUCGAAUGCUCCAAGGCAAGGCCCCCGACAUCCCGGAGCACGUGCUGAGGCUGGCGGGGGUCGGCCCGGGCUUGCUGAGAGCGGAGUGGAGCCUGCCGGGGUUCAUUACCAUGUUCCUGCCCGAAUUCCCCCACAGAACCGUGCCUGGGCACGAACACUUUCAGGUGUUGAGUUACAUCGCCAAAGGCUCGUUUGGACCCAUUCUGAAAGUGAAGGACAAGGCGAAGCAGAAAACGUAUGCUGUCAAAGUCAUACCUAAAUCCGAGAUUCUAAGACUCGGGGUGUUGGAGCAGUCAAAAGAAGAGGUUAUUGUCCAGCGUCAGGUUCGCCACCCAUUUGUCCAUGACCUCCAGGACUGCUGGCAGACUCAGCGCCACCUCUACAUUAUGUGUGACUACUGCAGCGCAGGAGACCUGUACACCUACUGGCAGAUGAUUGGUCAGUUCCCAGAGGACACCGUGCGAGUGUUUGCAGCAGAGUUGGGAUGUGCGCUCGGUUUUCUGCACGACUUUGGGAUCAUUCACAGAGAUGUGAAGAUGGAGAAUAUCCUGCUUACAGACACUGGACACCUCCGUUUGGCUGACUUUGGUUUGUCCCGUCGGCUGGAGAGAGGAGGAAGAGCUUUUACCAUUUGUGGAACCAUCCAGUAUAUGGCCCCGGAGGUGCUCAGUGGUGGGCCCUACAACCACGCAGCUGAUUGGUGGUCUCUGGGCAUCCUCCUUUUUUCCUUGGUUACUGGGAAGUUCCCCAUGCCUCCAGAGCCAGACCACUGCAGUAUGCUGAGGAAAGUGAGGAGCUUUCCCUAUGAAAUGCCCCUCAGCCUCAGCUCCCCACUGGCCUUGUUAAUAACAGAGCUUUUGUGCAAAACUCCGACCCGCCGCCUGAGGACGCUCGAUCGCUUCAAACGCCAAACCUUCUUUCGGGGAACAACCUUUGACCUCGCCUUACUGCGGCGCCAGCCUGUGGAGGUGAUACUGGAGCUGAGAGAGAGACCGGACCGAGCUGCCAAAGCUCGACGAGGCCUCACUUUGUCGCUGCAGCCUCUCAAAGGUUUCGACUACGACUCCUUUCUCAGCCCUCCGUCCACGCCGGACACACAGCUGGAUGCCGGCGCGCAAACCCACACAGCUGCACCGCUCCCCGGCCCCACGCUCCCCCCGGAGCCCGCUCAGGAAAAGGGUCUACGUAGAGAAGUGUUUGUUUGACGGUCUGCAGUUUACAGUUUCCCACAUUUAGUAAAAACCCAAAUACCUGUUUAUGAUUUGGUUUGAUACAGUUAGGAACAGAAUGAUUCAUUCGAGGAAAGUUUCCUGCUCGUAUUGGCAAGGUUUAUGUUUAUUGGGACUUAUUCCUCUUUUACUUGUUUGCCUUUCUCCAACGAGCACCUUGUCAAGCCUACUGGAUUUGCUCAACAGUUGUGCAAGAAAGAUUGCACUAUUCUUGUCUAUGUACUUUUCAUUUCAAGUGACUGGUCAUGGCCGCCCUGUUAAAACUGUGCUAUCAAAAUUGUUAUGCUGUUGAAGACAAUGCACAGUUGUUGUUUUUUUUACAUUAAAGUUUGUAAAGUUUAUGUGGUUUAAUAAAUCCUCUCAAAACUCCUCAGAGAAAUUUGUGUAAUUCUGAACUUCUGCCUUUACUUUGUUGCAUGGUUGUAGAACUACAAGAUGGCACCUGGCUGUACGCAAAUGAGCUGAACUGUAAGAGUUGAAUGAGCAGCAGUAUUCAGUCAGCAUUUUGAUAGAUGCAAGACUUUUUGUAUGGUGUGAGUAAUCACAACUUCAUGCACUUAACCGGAUCGUCAGAUUAUAUUAUGAUUUUGUAAAGUAUGUCCUGAUGUGUACCCAGAAUGCUUCACAGUUUUCAGAAUAUUUGUAAAGUAAUAUUUAUACAUUUUAUGGAUGCUAUUUGAUGUUACGUUAUGGAACAUUGUAUUUUUGUAAUAACCAUUGAGCACAGAUGGGAUAUUAAUAAACUCUUACUGAAC